AUGGAGAUUGAGAGAGAGCCUCUGAGUGACCAGCCGCCUGGCGGCGCUGUAGCGGGUAAGCCACCGGAACCACCGGGUCCUCAAGCCCGGAAACCCACGUUCAAGGAGAAGGUCCUGGGCUCUGAAAAGGCUCAGGAAGCAGGAGGGUUUGUGAACCUUGUUGAGAGUGGUGUCAUGAAAAAGGUGUACGUGGAGAAGAACAAAUCCUUCCCUAUGUUCUCAAUUGAUCCGGCAGCGAAGGCAGAAAUCUGUAGACCGUGGGAGGAUUGCCUAGUGGUUAAACUACUGGGAAAAAGUAUUGGUUAUAGAGCGCUGUGUGAGAAACUUAAGAUACUGUGGAAGAUGACAGGGGGUUACGAGGUUCGUGAUGUUCAUCACGGGUACUUCCUCAUCAAGUUUGAUAAGAAGGAAGACAAGGAGAGAGCAAUUUCAGGAGCACCAUGGCUUAUCUACGACAAUUAUCUUGCAGUGAAGCCUUGGACCCCGGAUUUUGUAGCAGCGAACUCGAAGAUUAGCACAACUGUGGUGUGGAUUCGCAUCCCAGGGCUAGGGUUCCAAUACUAUGGGAAGAACAUCCUCAUGACGUUGGCAUCGGCGGUUGGUACUCCGAUCAAGGUCGACAUGAACACCACCGACAUGCAGCGUGGCAAAUAUGCACGUAUCUGUGUUGAGAUUGAUCUCAUCAAACCUGUCCUCGGUGUUAUAGGGCUGGAGGGAACGUGGUACAAUGUCGAGUAUGAGGGUUUACAUCUUCUCUGCCACAAAUGUGGAUGCUAUGGCCAUUUAGCACGUAAUUGCACUGCUCCACCCCUUCCGAAGCAACCCCAGGGGCAGGCCACCAAUGGUAGUGCUAGCACAGCGGCAAUGGCGGAACAGGUUAGUGCUCUAUCGCAUGAAACCCUAGCAUCGUCGAACCUGGCGGCGGGAGUAGCACCAGCGACUGCUUCAGCAACCCUAGCUCCUGUAACCGACGCAAUCAUGGGCGCCAUCAGUGGGCAUUCAAUUCCGGAUAUUAAGUGCCCAGAUUUAGCACAUGGGGAUUGGUUAAUUGUGGACAAAAGAAGGAAUAAAUCGAAAACAAAUCUGAAUUCCAAGGCAAUUAAAGAUUUAGCAGUUAAAAAGGAAAUGACCAGUAAGAAGGAGGAAAAGAAGGGCUCGAAUGGGGGAAACAAAUUCUCUAUUUUAGCAACGGUUCCACAAAAGCAGCAAAUUUCCUCAAAUAGCUCUAUGCAGUUUAAAGCUUUGCCUAGUAAAACACAUCCUGGAGCUAGUGCAUCAGUUACUAAUGGUAAGAAAAGAUUACGUAAAGAUUCUGCCACAAAUAAUGUUCCACCUCCUCAUGCAGGGUCCACGUCAACCAUUCUCCAAGCGGCAAGCAAUGGAGCUCGUUCGGUGGAUAUGGGUGGUGUCCCUAUUCACGUCGCUACGGAUGGUGCGUACUCCACGAUGGCACUUGUUUCCCUAGGGGGAGCAAGAUAUCAAAUGCCUCUGGAUGACAACAAUCAGAUUUGUUCAAUGUCAAACGUCAAGGAUUAUGCUCGUGACAUUCCCUUUGAUCCAGUGCUGGAGGCUCCAUGGCCAUUGAGCCACGCAAGGCUUAAUGCCAGUCCUCUACCCCUGCUGCAGUGUGUUUAUGGAUAG